UGUGCAUGAUCUUGCUAGUGCAUGCAGCAAGAGUUCAUGAACUCUUGAUGCAGACUUGCAGCGAAGUAAUUUACUUCUAGUUAGCUCGGUGUGGAUGGCUCGACUUGAGUUUCAUCAUCAACUCACCACACUUGAUAGAAAACAAUGUGCUCAAUGGCCAGCAGGGGCAUUGGAAUCAUCGGUAUUUCCAGGUGAUUUUACCACACGACUAGUACUGUAGGUUGGUGCAGGAAACUUCAAUACCAGCAUGGCGUCUGGUGCUGAAAAAGAGUUGACUCCCUCGUCCACUUUCGACUUGAUCCCAAGCAUGGUUCCUGGUAGAUCUAUGGUGCUCCUUCCUAAAGUUCCUAAUGGUUGCAUCCAGGCUCUUGAAAACUAUCGCUCAACGAAGACAAAAUCUAAGCAUCUCAGCGUUUUUUGGAAUGGCACCAGUGGUGUCUUCAAGAUAGCGACGGGUGAAGACGAGAAAGACUGUCAGCACUUUGCUUUGACUAUCGGCGAGACAACUGGAAAAGUGUCAACAGAGCCGAACAAGAAUGUGGAGGAUAUCUUGCGUACAAGCAGUGACAGGGGACAUCAACUACAAGCUGUCGGUACUGUGACAUGCAAAGUCAAGGUCAAGGCCAGGCAGUCCGAAGUGUUCACCUGUACCAGAGAGAAUAUCCGCACGGCCGAGCAGUCACGCAGAGCAGUUUGUGCACAAGAAAUAGAAGUGACAUCUCGACAGCCCAGGAAGACCAAGACUAAUGGUGUUGUUGUGAAGGGUGCCAAUCGGCGAGGUGCUGUACCGCCCUCGAAUCUAACCUCCUCAGCCGCUAGCUCAGCAUCCAAGAGGCAGCAGCCCAUAGCCGGUAAAUCUGCUCUUGGAUUGCCUUCAGCUGAUGGGAAGUAUGGCGGCGGCCGCAGUGCCUUGGCCUCUGCCAGCAGCAGCGGUAGCGCUACAUCUCUAUCCCGGGGCACGGCAAAGAAACCAGACCUCAAGUCACUAAGGGGCAUGCUGACGUUUAUCCUGGCUCCCAAGCCGUUGAAGAAAUCUGAGAUCCUGUCCCGACUAAGCAAAGCUGACAAGAAAUACCAUGAACACCGCGAUGAGUCACGUUUAUAUACAACCCUGGAUGCCAUAGCAACAUCAUCACAUGACCUAUAUCAUCUGAAAGCAGAAUUGCUUCAGGGACUUCAGGUGUCCAAAUGGCCUCAUUACACCGAGACUGAGAAACUUGCCAUACAGAGGAGACUGAAGUUUGAAGGUUUGGAUGAUGCUGUUGCUAACGGUAGUAACAGUGGUGCUGCAUCGACCUUAUCAACAGCUACACCAGCAUCAGCAAGUCAUACAUCCACACCUUCACCAAGCGAUCAACAUCAGCAGCAGCAGUUACGCUCUCCAUACCGUUCUGUUGCUGGUUUAGUUGAUGACUUAGGCCUGAGUGGUGAGAGGUCUCCAUCUAGCCAGCUAACACCAUUAUCUAGUGCUCACGUUCGCUCUGCCAGACAACAGCAGCAGCAACAGCAAUCUCAUACUAGUUCAGUCAGUGCUAUGUCCGCAUCAGAUGAUGGGUGGGUACCAACAACGACAGAAAAGUUGAAACAUAACUCAACGCCCGCAACUCGUCGUGCCACGCUUAGCAAGGCGCAGACUAACAUGCUGGCAGCUUCUAGCAAAGCUCGCCAUGGCAAUUAUUCCAACGCCAAAACAAACUCUCGCCUGAAAGCAAGUAGUGGUGCUAGUGGUUCAGGCAGUAGUGGUAAUUCCACCAGUGUCACAUCAUCACCGUCGUUGGCAUCAUCAUCAGCUUCAUCUACUGCCACUAGCACCACCACCGCCACUACCACUACCACCCACUCUGCAUCUGAACAAGCUGAUACUGCGUCUAGAUCCACAAGUAAUACGAGUGCUGCAACUGGCGCUGCUGCUGCUACUGGUGCCGGUGGUAAUGGUACUGCUGCUGCUGCAACUACUUCUACAGCUGCGACAAGCAAUCAUUCAAGUUCUUCUGUGCUACGGCGGAGUAGCUCUCGAACAACACCAAUAGCGUCAAGUUCAACAGCAAGCACUUCUACUGAUAACUCCAGUAAUGUCUUGUCCACGUCAGCAACAACGACAACUGGAAAUUCAUUGCUGUCUUCCACCCGUACUGCUGCUGGCACAUCGUCUUCAAGCGGCACGACGGAAUCAACACAGACUCCAGCGCCGCAUUCUGGAAAGGGAAUCAAGAGACGGCGACAUCAAGAAUCGAAUCAGAGCAGCAACAGUAGUGGCAAGAGCUCUGCUGCUAGUACAGCCACCACAGCUAGCAGCAGCAGCACUACUAGCUCUCGGAGGCAUGCUAGCAUGGAACCGGAGAGAAAGCGACGACCAUCCAGUGUUGCAUCCAGUACACCAUCCGCCACGUCUACUGCUACCUCUAGUCAUUUACCAUCGACAGCAGCAGCGUCAACAGGGGCUCAGGGAACAUCGGCGGCGGUGUCAUCGCAUUCAAGUAGUCGUCAUCACCAUCAACCCAAGCAUCAUCAUCACCGCAGGGUAUCCUCCGGUGCCGCUGCUGCUGCCGCUGGUGGUGGUGAUGGCGCUGCUGCAGCUGCUGCUAUUGGCGGAGAACUGCAUGUUGACAUGAGUGAAGACUGGACAUGUAAAUACUCUGAGGUAACAUCCUACGCUGUUCGUUGUUCGUAUAAGAAUGACUUCAAUUCAGCCUACCCACUCUACUGCAAGUUGAAGAGCAAGAUGGAUAUGGUGAUGGAGGAGUUCCAGAUUUUAGAAGAGCAAUGGAAGGAGGCCGAGGGAACACCUGAAGAAGAUAAAGUGUAUGAGAAGGUCAUUGCUCUUCACGACAAGUACAUGCGGGAUAGUACAUUCAAAUCUGAGCGUGAGAAGCUGCAGUUUCUUCACAAUAAGUUAAGUCACAUCAAGACCUUGAUUGGUGUUUAUGAUUCUCAGCUGCUUGCUCAAUCAUAACCCCUGUGCUAGUAGCUGCAGCAGCCAUUGCACCAGUAGUACAGUAGUACCACUGUGUUACAAAUAGUAGGAGAUCUACAGCAAUUACUGCUAGUGCUACUCACUAUAGAUGUUGCCACAUAAUUCUAGCUGUACAUCUCUUCUAGGUCAGGACACCCCGCGCUCUUCUUGCACAGACAUGCUACUAGUUUCGUUCUUGCACAGACAUGCCACUAGUAUAUCAUUCUCACCCAAACCAUGUCUAGUUUCUAGUUUUCUGUCUGUUUGGCAUCCUAUCUCUUUCUUGCAAGCUUCCAGGGCUUGGAUUGCACAUACCAUUUUUAGAUUUUAUUCAAUUUGGCGUUCUCUUUUUACCUUCUGCUGCUGGUGGUGGUGGAUUUGAUGGCGGAGCAUUUUAUUUUCUUGAGGGAUUUUUCAUUUAGUUUCUCCUACUAUUCCAGUCUGUGUUUCAUUCUCAUCUGCAUUUUGUAGCCAGGCGUCCCUUCGUCGUGCCUGCUGCUGUUGUUGCUGGCUAAGCCUGUUUGUUCACUACAAGCGCUUCUUAGUUGCGAUGCUACACCUUUUUCUACAGCAGCUCCUCCACACCCUUGUAAGAGGUGGGUUUUUCUCCUUCGAAGACUUGUAUGACAUCAGUACUGCUCAAAGCAGUAGGAGAGGUUUGCUGUUGCUAGUACUGGCUUUCUUACAAUACAUAGUGUUGUACCAGCAACCACGCGGGUUGCCCACACGUACACACACACACUCUCUCUCUCUCUCUCUCUCUCUCUCUCUCUCUCUAAUUCUUGCGUAUGAGCGUGUGUCCUCUGACACACCCCGCCUACCACGUUGAUAGCUGGACUGACAUUCAUAGAAGUCACGAUACACAUUUCGCAGCUAUUUUGCAGCUAUCUUGCACACAUUGAGAUAUUGGUCCAAACUAUUUUCUAUUUCGUCCUGUCAAUACCAAUGCCACACCAGCCCAGCAGCUCUGUACAUACUAUGAUUAUGAUGACAUUAUACAUAUAGCUGCUACUCUGCUACCGUUGCUACUGCUGGUUGUACUGCUGAUGGUGGCACUGCUUUGCUACUGCUGGUAGUACUGCUGAUGGUGGCGCUGCUUUGCUGCUGCUGCUGCCAAGUGCUGUUGAUUUAUUUUACGUGUACAUAGCUGCUAGUCCCUUUGUGCUAUUUUGGCAUCCUGUGCAUCCUGUGCUACUUUGCUGCAUGGACCAGCAGCAUCACUGUGUUGCUAUGUACCAUCAUUUUACAUCAACCUCUUCUUUCUCUUUUAUUUUCUUGCUGCUAUAGUGAUUUUAUUCUAUGUGUGUUUUUAAUACGCACUGAGUGUCUUAUUUCUUGCCAGCGGCAUUGCUCCCAUGCCACCACCAUCUCUAGAUGGGCCUGGCUGCAAGCUGAAGAUCAGCUCACGGUCCCAGCAUAUUGCCCAAAGUUCAGCGGCACAAUGGUGUCCCAAUCUCUUCUUUGUUCGA